AUGGAUAUAAUUCUAAAGCUCAAAUGUUCCAAGAGACAAAUGACUGUUACUGGUGAGAUUAAGGCAGCCCGGUUGAAAGGUAUUGUUAAUUCUCCUCAUGACCUGGUUAUUAACGAUAAGGAAUCAACUGAGAAGACAGAUGUGGCAACAAAGCCAUCGACAAAAAAUGUUGGAAUUGAUAACAUUGGAGUUGGGGAACAACAACAAACUGAAGAAUCAAAUGAUCCCCCAGACACUGGAAAGGCAGAGACCACAGAUGUGCAUAUUGUUGCAUCUACUGAGUCACCGACAACUGCAAAAACUAAAAAACCAACUGAGUCACCAACAGUAGAUAGCACAGAGGUGAACAAAGAGAAACCAAUAGUGGAUACCAUUGGUAAAGCAUCAGAAACACUAGUAAAUAACACUGAGAAACAAUCAGAAAAACCGACAGACGAGAGCACAGUGAAACAGACAGAGACAAAAGGAGAGAAACAAUUAGAGUCACAGACUACAGGAGAACCAUGUUUUAGUGAUUCGCAGGUUCUAGAGACAAUCAAGAGCUUACUUCCUGAUCAGAGCAACCAACAUUGA